GCCUUCUUAUCAUUAUCAUAUAAUUUAUUUAUACGAAAUAGAAAUAGAAAAAUGUAUAAUUGGUUAGCCUAGAAAAACAUAUGUGAAUUUAAAUUUUAAUAUUGUUUUAUUUGUGUCAUCCUAAAUCGUAGUAGUAAAUCGCUAGUAACAAUUUUGUAACUAAAUUCUUUACCUUUUUACUAUCCAAAUUCAAGUACUGGCUUUGAAAUGAGGGAGGUGAUAUCAAUACACCUAGGACAAGCCGGAGUACAGACAGGUACGACCUGCUGGGAACUCUUCAGUUCCGAGCACGGCCUCACUCCGACGGGAAAGAUGCAGGAUACCGAUGGCCUACCGGAGGGCACUCAGAAUGUGAGCCAGGACAGCUUUUCCGAUGGCUUCCACACCUUCUUCGAGGAGAUGUCUAAGGGAAACUACACUCCAAGAGCUCUCUUCGUCGAUCUCGAGCCCAGCGUUAUUGACAUGGUACGGAACGGGCCUUACAAAGAUAUGUACUGCUCGAAGCAGAUGAUCAACGACAAAGAGGACGCGGCCAACAACUAUGGAAGAGGAUACUGCACCGUGGGCAAGGCCAUCCUAGGGAGGGUGAUGAACCAGUCGAGGAAGAUGAUCGAGACAUGCGACCGACUUCAAGGCUUCAUCAUCUACCACUCCUUCGGGGGCGGGACCGGCUCCGGGUUCCAUGCACUCCUCUCGGACAACAUCAACCUCGAGUAUCCCAAGAGUAGCAAGAUGGAAAUGUCUAUUUUUCCUUCACCAAUGUUGGCAACAGCAGUCGUGGAGCCUUACAACGCUGCCUUGACGACAAACGCUACCCUUGAAUUUUCGGAUUGUGUCUUCCUUGCUGACAACGAAGCAAUGUACAACAUUUGUCAAAACCGACUCGAUAUCGACAGCCCUACGUACAGAAACUUGAACAACAUCCUAGCGCAAACCGUCAGUUCAAUAACCGCGAGCCUGAGGUUUAAAAGCUCUCUUAACGCUGACUUCAUCGACUUUCAGACCAAUUUGGUACCUUAUCCUAGGAUACAUUUCCCGAUAUUCAGCUACGCUCCAAUCGUUCCCUCGACUAGAGUAACCCACGAAUCACUAACAGCAUCUGAUUUGACCCUUCAGUGUUUCGACCCGACUAACAGACUGGCCAAGUGCCCAACAGACACAUCCCGUUACAUCGCCUGCUGCUUGCUUUACCGCGGCGAUAUCACUCCUAAAGACGUCAAUUUUGCUAUAGCUAUGUUAAAAGCAAAGAAAAACAUACGUUUUGUAACUUGGUCUCCCACUGGCUUCAAGAUAGGCAUCAAUAGCAGGACACCAGGAGUUAUACCUAAUUCGAAUAUGGCUUCUAUGGAGAAGUCGGUUUGUAUGGUUUACAACACAACAGCGAUGAAGGAAGCUUGGGUGGCUCUUAACAUCAAAUUCUCCCUGAUGUUGAAGAAGCGAGCUUUCCUCCAUUGGUACACGGGGGAAGGCAUGGAAGAAGAUGACUUCUUAGCUACUCAGGAAAAUCUUGCUCUUUUGGAAGCUGAUUAUAUUCAACUUGAAUUAGAAUGAACUAAAAUCUGCUUUGCGUGGAUGUUUGCAUAUAUGUGCCUCUUUUUAAAUUUAAACAAUAAAAAAAUUUCAUUUUAGCUAAAAGUUAUUACUACAUAUUUUAAAAAUUUUAUAAUUAUAAUAUAUGACAUUUAUAGUUAAUUUGCAUGUUGUGAGACAACACGACAAUACAUUAUAAAUAAUUUUGUAUCCAAAAUAUUUUAUAGUGAUAAUU